CAGAAGUCUCCAUUCUGUGCUGGCUCAUAAAAACAGCUGGAUCUCCCCUCCUCCUCCUCCCUGUGACUGGCGAUCUCCCCUCUGCUUCCUCUUUUGUUUCAUACAUUCAGUAAUGCAGACUGAGAGCAUCUGAGACAGGCAGGGAGGGCAUCCACAGCACACAUUGUAAGGACUAGACACAGGGCAUGGGAUGCCACACAGUGCUGUCCACAAGCCCUGACUGCUGCCUGGCAUUUGGACGUGCCCUUCAUGAAUCCCAGGAAGGACAAGGUAUGAUCUGCACCCUGUGGCCAUAGUGAGCAGCUGCUGUCACUGCUGUGCCCACUCUGGCCACUGCUUCCUCCCCCACGUUGAGUCCUUUGCCUGCAGGGAGUGGCUGGGCUUAGAGAGCAAGGGGCUGACUGCAGGGCUGGGACUCUCCACAUCUGAUACCCAGGCUUCAGUGGAUGCUGACAUGUAAAGAGGUAACUAAACAUGGAAAACAGCAUACAGUGCAUGGAAGCCUAACAAUUUAUUGUGAAAGGAUUCUGACAGAAGUGAAGCUACAGAGAGGUUGAAACUAUUUCUACAGAUAUGCUGAAACCAAGUGGACUAAAAAUCCCCGGCAGGGGAGCAAAACACUCCAGCCCAGUGGGAAGAUCUUCAGCUGGAUCUGGUGUUACUAGCAACACCAGCUCUAAAGAAGGUUCACCUUUGCACAAACAAGUCUCUGCAGAAAAAUCUAGUUCCAAGAUCACUGAAGUAGGGGAUGAGUUCCUAGGAGACUUUGUCGUUGGUGAACGUGUUUGGGUCAAUGGAGUCAAGUCUGGAGUGGUACAAUAUCUUGGAGAAACCCAGUUUGCUCCAGGUCAAUGGGCAGGUGUUGUUUUGGAUGACCCAGUUGGAAAAAAUGAUGGAUCUGUGGGUGGAGUACGUUAUUUUGAGUGUCAACCACUACAGGGAAUAUUUACCAGGCCUUCUAAGCUCACCCGACAACCCGUGGCAGAUGGUACCGGGAGUGAUUCACAUUCAGUGGAGUCUUUGACUACCCAGAACUUGUCUUUGCAUUCUGGAAAUGCCACCCCACCUCUGACCACUCGGAUUGUGCCUCUGAGAGAAAGUGUGUUAAACAGCUCCUUAAAAACAGGAAAUGAAUCAGGAUCUAACCUGUCAGACAGUGGAUCGGUGAAAAAGGGAGACAAGGAUCUGCGCAUUGGAGAUCGUGUUCUGGUUGGAGGCACAAAAACAGGUGUAGUUCGCUACGUUGGAGAGACAGAUUUUGCAAAAGGAGAGUGGUGUGGAGUGGAGCUGGAUGAACCCCUGGGGAAAAAUGACGGAGCUGUGGCUGGUACCAGAUAUUUUCAGUGCCCACCAAAAUUUGGCCUUUUUGCACCAAUUCACAAGGUGAUCCGUAUUGGUUUUCCAUCAACCAGUCCUGCCAAAGCUAAGAAAAGUAAGAGAAUGGCCAUGGGAGUGUCAGCACUAACUCACAGUCCUAGCAGUUCUUCUAUCAGCUCAGUGAGCUCAGUCGCAUCCUCUGUAGGAGGCAGGCCCAGCAGAAGUGGUCUGCUUACUGAAACAUCGUCACGUUAUGCACGGAAAAUUUCUGGUACAACCGCCUUGCAGGAGGCUUUAAAGGAAAAACAGCAGCAUAUUGAGCAGCUAUUGGCUGAGAGAGAUCUGGAGCGAGCAGAGGUAGCAAAAGCCACCAGUCAUAUCUGUGAGGUGGAAAAGGAGCUGACACAUCUGAAAAGCCAACAUGAGAAGUACAUUGCAGAGGCAGAGGGCAAUCUUCAGAGGGCUCGAGCCAUGGUGGAAAGCACAACAAAGGAAAAAAUUGAGCUGCUUAAUCAACUUGAGGAAGAAAAAAGGAAAGUUGAAGAUCUUCAAUUCAGAGUGGAAGAAGAGUCUAUCACAAAGGGAGAUCUAGAGACACAGACGCAGUUGGAGCAUGCCCAAAUACGGGAGCUCGAGCAGAAUCUACUGUUUGAGAAGGCAAAAACUGCAAAGCUUCUCAAAGAAUUAGAGGACAAGAGGCAGACAACAGUAGCAGAACAGACGAGAAUUCAGCAGCUGGAAGAGGAGCUUAACCUUCGACGCAAUGAGAUUGAAGGCCUUCAGCACUGUUUAUUGAACUCUAACCAGUCAGAUGUCCCAGAAGAAAAAAUUGGGCUUCAAACUGAGGCUUUACGUUUACGAGACCAGCUUCUGUCUGCUAGCAAGGAGCAUCAGAAGGAGAGCAGUCAGCAAAGAGAUAAGUAUGAGGAAAAGGUGAAAAGAUAUCAACAAGAAAUUGAAAAACUAAAGUCUUUAAAUGAGAAGCAUGUACAGGAGAUUGGAGAGCUGAAGAAAAAGCUAGAGCAAGCUACAAAGGAGAAUAUAGGAAUGAUGGACAGUUGGAAAUCUAAAUUGGACACUUUAGUUUUUGACCACCAGAGAUCUCUAGAAGAUUUGAAGGGUUCUUUGGUUACCAGUCCUGACUCUCAACACAAAGAAAUAGUAGAGCUUAAAGCUAGCGUGGAAAGCCUUAAAAUGGAGCAUCAACUAGAAACUGAAAACCUGAAAGCUAAAAAUGAGAUUGAAUUAGCAGUCCAUAUUAAAGAGAAGGAAACCCUGAAAACAAAACUUCAGGAGAUUAGGGAUGAACUUGAGGAAGGAAAUAACAACUGGAAGACACAGCUAGAAUCAAAAACCAAUCAACACCUCAAAGAGCUUCAGGAUAUUAAAGACAAAUAUCGAGAGGCAGAGAAGCAAGUGUGUGACCUACAGAAGCUACAAGAUGAAUAUAAUGACCAGACACAGUCCAUUGCCUUCUUAAAAGAACAGAUUUCAACUGCUGAAAAGAAAAUGCAGGAUUAUGACACGCUACAGAAAACUGACAUAAGACACACUCAAGAGAUCCAAAGACAGCAAGAGAGAAUUUUGGUCUUGGAAAACAAAUUGCAAACAAUGGAGGCACUUCACUCUUCACAAAAUCCUAAUAUGAUUGAAACAAAUGAUGUUUCUGAAGAAAAGAUAAAAAUGAAAAAGACAGUGGAAGAUCUGCAGCUCAAACUUGGUAAAAGAGACAAAGAGGUAUCAUCCAUGUCUGCUCAUAUUGAAUCUCUAAGGGCUCAAAUAAAUGCACUUGAGAGCAAAUGUAAAUCAGGGGACAAGAAGGUGGAUUCAUUAGUAAAAGAUAAUAAAAAAUUGGAAGUGGAAUUAGAGGCUUUUUCCAGAAAGUCCCAUGAUGCAUCAGGCCAGUUUGUCGUGAUCAGCCAAGAAUUACUUAAGAAAGAGAGGAGUCUAAAUGAACUAAGAGCUUUACUACUUGAAGCCAGUCGGCAUUCUCCAGGACCAGAGAAAGACUUGAGCCGAGAGGUCCAUAAGGCAGACUGGAGAGCAAAAGAACAGAAAUUAAAAGAAGAAAUCAAGGCACUUAGAGAAAAGUUAAUUGUUUUCGAUAAAGAGAAAUCCGGGGCAGAUCAGAGAAGAUAUUCAUUAAUAGAUCCAGCUACAGAAUCAGAGAUGCUGAGGUUACAGCAGCGCUUAGUCAGCACUGAAGAUGCUCUUCGAAUAGCUCUUGACCAAGGUCAACAAAUGGAGAAGCUAAUGGAGGCCAUGAGAAGCAGUACUGAAAAGAUUCAGGUUACUGGAAACUCAGGUUCUGCCAAUGGUAUCCAUCAGCAAGAUAAAGCACAUAAGCAAGAGGAAAACCAUUGACGUCCGCGAGAAAGAAUACUGACUAUAUACUUUCUCAGUUUUUGCAAGAAUCUUCUUUGUAGUGGGACUGACAUAUCAGAAAGUCUUGUGCAGUAUUCCUGUGUGAACAGUGUUGAUUUGUAUUGCUAGAUCCUCCCAAGACAAUCAUCUGAUGGUCUCUGCUGUGUUCUGGAAAAGGCUGUAGGCUAGAAGAUCAGGAACCAUUAUUUCUUUACCCAGAAUCUUGCCAAUGACUUCUAUAGGCUGGCUAGUAAAACUUCCAGUUCUGUGUGAAGUGAUGCCCCACUACAAUGAUUCUCUCCACUUGUUGAGACUUGAGAUUAUAUAAACCGUUAUGGAAUUAUCAUGGAAUUUUUUAUUUAAACACUAAGGGCAACAAUGACUAUAACCAUCCGCUGGUUUGUCUGUGACCAAUAGGAUAUCGCUUAAAAAAAGUUCUAUUUAAUAAAACCAAGAGCAUACUUCCCUGACCAAUCUAGAUUCUCCUCUGGCACCCUGGCACUGCUUUACAAUGUGGGCUACAAUUCAUCAUGCAUACAGUUUAUUAGAAUGAGCCAAUGUUUAAUUAAAGAAGAGGUACAUAUAUUUCUUUUUUUAUUGUAAAUAUCCUGUUUUAUUGUUAUAAUGGCCACUGUCUAAUCAUACUCUACAAAAUGAUUCCCCAUGUAUGUUAUAAUCAAGCCUAUUCUGAAAUAACUAGACAAAUACAAUUAGUUUCUUCGGUUCUAGACCAAUGGAUAUGGAUAAUGGCUAAUGAUAUGGAAUAUAUUGCCGAUUAAUCAUGAACAGUUUUAAGGUACUUUGUGUUAAAUUAUGUCUUAAAGUCUUACUGAUUUUAUGUUGCAUACAGAACUUUUGACCAAGAAUAUUUUAUGUUAGAUAAAUACCAGAAUUCAAUACAUGAAAAUGUAAGAUAUGUCUUUUUAAAUAAAUGUAAUUCCUUAUUUAUCUUAACACAGCAAAUGACUGCAUUACCUUAUUCUACCUGCAUGGAACAAAAUUCUGCUUCAUAUAGGGCUUUUUGCCAGUGUGUCCUUUUCCUAAAACCAUUAAAGGGGUACUCCGGUGGAAAAAAAUGUUUUUAAUCAACUGGUGCCAGAAAGUUAAUUUGUAAAUUACUUCUAUUUAAAAAUCGUAAUCCUUCCAGUACUUAUCAGCUGCUGUAUACUACAGAGGAUGUUAUUUUCUUUUUGAAUUUCUUUUCUGUCUGACCACAGUGCUCUCGGCUGACACCUCCGUCCAUGUCAGGAACUUUCAAGAGCAGGAACAAAUCCCCAUAGCAAACCUAUCCUGCUCUGGACAGUUCCUGACAUGUACAGAGGUUUCAACACUGUGGUCAGACAGAAAAUAAAUUAAAAAAGAAAAGAAACUUCCUG